AUGGCCGAAGCGGUGGGUUCCCUCUUCUCUUACGGCAGCGACUCAGAUUCGGAAAAUGAGUCUGAAUCCGCUACCAGUCCGCAGAAAGUAGUUCCGGACUGUAUUACGACUUUAGCCGUCCUGAAUUCAGCUCCUGAAUCGAUGUUAAGAGUAACUUACCCCACACUGGUUGAACAAGUUGAGACCGGUGUGCAUCUGGAUCCAGCGCUCAAGGAAGUCAAUUAUAACCCUACAUUUGAUACCAUGUUUGCCCCAGAGAGACGAGGGGAGGGAGAGGGCAAGCGGGAGCGACACAGAGAGAGAGAAACUUGCUCGCCAGUCCCCGGACAAAGCCGCUCCUCUGCCCUCUUGCGGACAACAGCCGCUCCUCUCCGGGCAUAUGGCAGCGGUACCUCUGACUCCCGAUGGCCAGCAGUGGCGACUCCAUCCCUUGGCGUACGGCAGUGGCGAGGACUCUGCGACAGCGCAUCCAUCCCGGGAUUCGGCACCAAUGUAACGGGCCAGUGCAUCGCCCGAUUCACAAACAGAAAAGUUCCCUACUGCGUGAAGUUCAACCCUGAUGAAGACAAACAAAAUCUGUUUGUUGCAGGAAUGUCAGACAGAAAGAUUGUCCAGUUUGUUUUUCAGUUUGAUAUCCGCUCUGGUGAGGUUGUACAGGAAUAUGACAGACAUCUGGGUGCCGUCAACACCAUCACGUUCGUGGACGAGAACCGUCGAUUCGUCAGCACCUCCAACGACAAAAGUCUGCGUGUGUGGGAGUGUUAUGUUGUAUCCGGUGAUGCUGAUGGAAAGUUGAAUAUCUGGGACUGGAAGACCACUAAACUGUACCACCGGAUCAAAGCGCAUGAUAAAGUUUGCAUCAGCGCUCUCUGGCACCCUCACGAGACCUCGAAAGUCAUCACCUGCGGCUGGGACGGACAGAUCAAACUCUGGGACUAAAUGAAGAAGU